CUGCAGCAUCAUAUGAAUCACCCCGCCUCAACAAUGACCUCUCACAGCCACCCAGAUGGACUCCAAACCAAAGAGCAGCCCCUGGAACUUCUGAGGCCAUCUGUACUAAACCACAUCCCUAGCGUGGACGUGAGCGCGAUGCUGCCCCUGCACGUGCCCCCCGCCGCCAUCCCCAUGGACCUGCGCACGGAGCCGCAGACGGCCGCGCUGCCGGGUGAGCCGGGCGAGCCCGGCGAGCAGCAGCUGAGGCACGAGCUGCUGGCGCUCAAGCAGAAGCAGCAGAUCCAGAGGCAGCUGCUGGUGGCCGAGUUCCAGCGGCAGCACGAGCAGCUCUCCCGCCAGCACGAGACCCAGCUGCAGGAGCACAUCAAGCACCAGCAGGAGCUGCUGGCUCUGAAGCACCAGCAGGAGCUGCUGGAGCACCAGCGCAAGAUGGAGAAGCAGCGGCUGGAGCAGGAGCUGGAGAAGCAGCACCGCGAGCGCAAGCUGGAGCUGCUCAAGAACAAGGAGCGCGGCCAGGAGAGUGCGGUCGCCAGCACGGAGGUGAAGAUGAGGCUCCAGGAGUUUGUGCUGAAUAAGAAGAAGGCCCUGGCUCAGAGAAACCUCAACCACUGCUUGCCUAGCGACCCUCGCCUCUGGAAGAGGCAGCACAGCUCUCUGGACCAGAGCUCCCCUCCCCAAACUGGGCUUUCAGCCGCUUACAACCACCUCCUCCUGGGGAUCUACGACCCCAAAGACGAUUUCCCGCUCCGCAAGACAGCCUCGGAGCCCAAUCUGAAGCUGCGCUCGCGGCUGAAGCAGAAGGUGACGGAGCAGAGGAGCAGCCCGCUGCUGCGCAGGAAGGACAGCCCCUUCGGCACCGCCAAGAAGCGCUCGCUGGACAUGGCGGAUUCGGCCUGCAGCAGUGCCCCUGGCUCCGGCCCAAGCUCACCCAGCAACAGCUCCAACAGCAUCACCAAUGAGAAUGGCAUCACUGGCUCCGCCUCUAGCAGCCCUCUUGAGACAUCCCUCGGUCACAGGCUGACCGGUCACGAGGGCCCCUUGAGCCAGCUGUCCCUCUACACCUCCCCCUCUCUCCCAAAUAUCACCCUGGGCCUGCCAGCCUCUGGGCCCUCCAGCGUGGCGACCAGCCAGCAGAACGGUGAGAGACUGGCAAUGCCUGCCCUGCAGCAGGGCCUGCCUAUGAGCACCCCCUUCAUCCCCGGUGCCCACCUGCCCUCCUACCUGGGCGCCUCGGCACUGGAGCGAGACGGGGGCCCUGCCCACAGCCCCCUCCUGCAGCACAUGGUCCUCCUAGAGCAGUCAGUUACCCAGAAUCCCCUGGUCCCAGGCCUGGGCGCAAUGCCCCUGCAGUCCCCCUCCAUCCAGAAACUGCGGCAGCACCGCCCUCUGGGCCGGACACAGUCGGCGCCCCUCCCCCAGAGCCCCCAGGCCCUCCAGCAGCUGGUCGUCCAGCAGCAGCACCAGCACUUCCUGGAGAAACACAAGCAGCAGUUCCAGCAGCAGCAACUGCACAUCAGCAAGAUGAUGGUGAAGCCCAGCGAGCCGGGCCGGCAGCACGAGAGUCACCCAGAGGAGACGGAGGAGGAGCUGCGGGAGCAGGAGGGGCCGGCCGACGGGGUGACCAUCAAACAGGAGCCCCCAGACGACCAGGAGGAGGUGCUACAGCAGAGGGAGAGGCAGGCAGAGCAGGAGCUGCUCUUCAGACAGCAGGCUAUUCUCCUGGAGCAGCAGAGGAUCCACCAGCUUAGGAACUACCAGGCCUCCAUGGAGGCGGCAGGCCUGUCAAUCUCCUUCACAGGGCACCGCCCCCUCUCCCGGGCCCAAUCAUCCCCGGCCUCUGCCACCUUCCCCAUCACCACCCAGGACCCACCCACUAAACCUCGCUUCACUACAGGGCUGGUGUACGACACACUGAUGCAGAAGCACCAGUGCGUGUGCGGGAACAGUAACACACACCCGGAGCACGCAGGCCGCAUCCAGAGCAUCUGGUCCCGCCUGCAGGAGACGGGUCUGCGCAGCCAGUGUGAGUGUAUCAGGGGGCGGAAGGCUUCUCUGGAGGAGCUGCAGACGGUCCACUCAGAGGCCCACGUCCUGCUCUACGGCACCAACCCCCUGCGGCAGAAACUGGACAAUUCUGUGAUGCCUACGUUCGUGAGGUUACCUUGUGGUGGAAUGGGGGUGGACAGUGAUACCAUCUGGAAUGAGGUGCACUCCUCCACCGCUGCCCGUCUGGCUGUGGGCUCCGUUGUUGAGCUCGUCUUCAAAGUGGCGACAGGAGAACUGAAGAAUGGUUUCGCUGUGGUAAGGCCCCCUGGACACCAUGCAGAGGAGAGCACUCCCAUGGGUUUCUGCUACUUCAACUCGGUGGCGAUUGCCGCCAGGCUCCUGCAGCACAGGCUGAACGUCAGCAAGAUCCUGAUCGUGGACUGGGAUGUUCACCAUGGUAACGGAACCCAGCAGGCCUUCUACAGUGACCCCAACGUUCUGUACCUGUCCCUCCAUCGCUAUGACGAUGGUAAUUUUUUCCCUGGCAGUGGAGCACCAGAGGAGAUUGGCAGUGGCCCUGGUGUGGGCUUCACCGUGAACAUGGCAUUCACUGGGGGUCUGGAACCUCCUAUGGGAGAUGCAGAAUACCUGGCAGCUUUCAGGACCGUGGUGAUGCCAAUUGCCCAUGAGUUCGCCCCAGACAUGGUGCUCGUCUCCUCUGGCUUUGAUGCUGUGGAGGGGCACCUGCCCCCUCUGGGAGGGUACAAACUAACAGCUAAAUGUUUCGGCCACCUGACCCAGCAGCUGAUGGGACUGGCCGGCGGCCGCGUGGUGCUGGCGCUGGAGGGGGGUCACGACCUCACCGCCAUCUGCGACGCCUCGGAAGCGUGCGUCUCGGCUCUGCUGGGAAAUGAGCUGGAGCCCCUCCCCCAGACAGUGCUGCAGCAGAGGCCCAACCCGAACGCCGUGCGCUCCAUAGAGAAGGUGUUGGAGAUCCACAGUAAAUAUUGGCGUUCAGUGCAGCGUCGGGCCCCCACAGUGGGAUAUUCCCUAAUUGAGGCUCAGAGGUGUGAGACAGAGGAGGCUGAGACUGUCACUGCCAUGGCCUCUCUGUCUGUAGCCAACAAGCAGAUGGAAAAAAGCUCAGAGGUUGAGCCCAUGGAAGAAGAGCCACCAUUGUAGGGACAUCCAGCGCUCAGAGAUUCGUGUAGGUCUCUGAGUCCACUCUACCCUCCACAUCCACUACAAAUUUACCCCCAUGUCCCAUCAGUGGAGCCUCAGCCAGAGGCAAGUGCGUGUCUGAGAAUGGGAGCCAAAACAGAAUGAAGACUAAGUGGACUGCACUGGUCUGAUCUGGCCUGGCCUGGCCUGAUCUAGCCUUGUCUGGUCUGGUCACCACUAGUCAAUGAAAGAGUAUCAAAAGAGUAAGACUUGUGGUUUCUCAUGCACUAAAGAGAGACCAACAGGAGCUUUAGGCCGAGUCUGUGGAUGGAGGGGUUUCUCUCUGAACAUAAAAAGGAAGUGCACCACUGUGGAUGUAAAAAAUCAUUGGUUGUGAACAUUCUCACAGUCACAAGUUGGGAAUGGCUGUGUUUUCUUAUGUCUCAUUUUUUUAUCCUCAUGAAAAAAAAUGUACAA